CCAGAACUUUUUCCACGAUAGCCGUCGCGAAAGUGAUUUUUCGAGGCCUGCUACCAAAUUCGAUUUUUUCCGACUGAAUCGGGGCGCGUCGGGUCGCGAGUGGUGCAUCAAUCGGCGGAACGGGAGUGCAACUACGGCCGGAAGUGGUCCACCGUGGACGGGGAGUGAAAUUCGAGCCGGAAAAGUGGAUUUUAUUUUCAGCCAAACCCCCCUUCAAGAGAGAAAGGAGGAAGGAAAAAAAAAGGUUCGGACAGCUUUCAGCUUUUAGCAGACGGGGCGGUGUACGCGGGCUGCGUUAGUGUGAGUGAAAGGGGGAGAGAGCGCACACGCACACAGCCAGCGGUGCGGACGCACCGGAUCAUCACGCGAAGGGGUGCAUAAACAUAAAAGUGAGUGUUGUUGUUUUUGUCGAAAAGUUGGGUGUUUGCGAAAAAAAAAAAAAAAAAGAUUUGCUGUAAAAAGUUGCCUAAUGAAGAUACCAGAUUUGGUACACGACCAUUACGAAACAACGCAUCACAACUAGAACAAUGUUGAAACAAUGAUCGUACGCAGCAGAUCGCGACCGAAUCGUAGAAUGAGCCGGAUUCCUUCGGUCUUGGAGAAGUAGCUAGAACGUAGAUGUAAAACUGCAAACACUGAUCAAUUUUGAUAACCAGACACAGAAUCUUAGUCAUUAGCUUGUAAGUGAAUAGUUGGAUCUGAAGAGAAAGUGGUUUUCUACGAACAAAGCUCUGUCAUAACAUUAAAAAUCUCGAAAUGGCAGGCAGCAUCAAGCAAGAGGAUGUGUGCUACGUGGUAGCCAAGUACGAUUACGCCGCACAAGGUGCUCAGGAGUUGGAUCUUAGGAAAAACGAACGCUAUCUACUGCUGGACGACAGCAAACACUGGUGGCGCGUCCAGAACUCCCACAACCAGUCGGGAUACGUCCCGAGCAAUUACGUUAAGAAGGAGAAGAAGUCGGUUUCGCUGUUCGACAGCUUCAAGAAGAAAGUGAAGAAGGGUUCCUCUGGCAGCAAAACUCUUCCAAACUGUUCCCCCUCGCGGCAGGUGGACAGCCCGACCAUGAGCAGGCGACUGCCGCCGGAUCCUUCCGAAGCCGUUGCUUCCACACCCAUAGGAACUGCCAUAGUAAAGUAUAACUACCAAGCGCAACAGCAGGACGAGCUCUCGCUGAUCAAAGGAACGCGAAUACUGAUCCUGGAAAAGUCCAACGACGGCUGGUGGCGUGGCCAGAGCGGCUCCGCGACCGGCUGGUUCCCCAGCAACUACACCACGGAGGAAACCGAAGACGACACGGUCCACACGUACGCCAUGGCGGAAAACGUGCUGGACAUUGUGGUCGCGCUGUACUCUUUCAACUCAAACAACGACACGGAGCUGUCCUUCGAGAAGGGCGAUCGCCUGGAGAUCCUGGAUCGACCCGUCACAGAUCCCGAGUGGUACAAGGCCCGGAACAACAACGGCCAGAUCGGCCUGGUGCCGCGCAACUAUCUCCAGGAGCUGUCCGAGUAUCUGGCCCAGCCGUACCGCAGCAACAACGGCAGCGGGCCCGACUCGCUCGACCGGCGGCCGAACGACCCGUCCCAGGCCACCAAUAACAACAACUCGAGCUCGGCCAACAGCAACAACAACAACUCCCAGCAGCUGGACCGGCCGCCGCUUACCGGCAAGAGCUGGUAUUACGGUGCCAUCACGCGGAGUCAGUGCGACACGGUGCUGAACACGCACGGCCACGACGGCGACUAUCUGAUCCGGGAUAGUGAAACAAAUCUCGGUGACUACUCCGUAUCGCUGAAAGCGCCCGGCCGCAACAAGCACUUCCGCGUCCACGUCGAAGGUAACAUGUACUGCAUCGGACAGCGAAAGUUCCACACGCUGGACCAGCUGGUGGACCACUACCAAAGAGCACCCAUCUACACCAACAAGCAGGGCGAGAAGCUGUACCUUGUGCGGCCCCUGCCGAAGGCCAACGGAACCUAAGCUUGUUGCUGUUGGGUAAGCGUGUGCGUUUUUUUAAAUCAUUUUUAUUUAUAACGCAAAAAAGGCAACAUACACUCACGAGCGGGGGCGUAUGUAACAUUAAGCUAGACAAAAGAAAAAGACUAAUUAAGGCAGAACAAUUUUUUGAACCACCCUCGAAAUACUGUUGCAAGCUAAAUGUCCCUUGUUUGAUAUAUUUAUUUAUUCAUCAAUCGACCGAAGGACGACACGCGACAGCGAUUGUCCAGAGUUACAUAUUUUCUGUUUUCUAAGCUAAACAAAAGAGAAAUUUUAAUUGUUUUAUCCGAUGGUGUUCUAAUGGGAAAGACAGCUCUAUUCGAACACCAUGAUUGUGUGAGAGAGCGCUCUUUAUAAUAAAUCGUGAGAAAAUAUUCAUCCUACUCAGCAAGGCAACCUAUUACAUACAUCUAUUCCUCACAACAAAAAACAAAACAUGUAUCGCAAAUAGAAAAAAAAAUCCCAAUCAUGCUUUUCUUAAAAAGGCAUAAAAAUAUAUCAAAUAUAUUAAACUCCCGCUUUGAAAUAGAGGAAAAAGAAGCACUUACACAGAUUACAUAACAUAAAAAACAACUCAAAAUACAAUGGUGCAGCUUCUAGGCGUUCAAAAUAGUACAUGAAUGGUUAUAACAAAAGAAUAAAAAAAAUAGCAAAGCAGAGCGCAGUGUAACUGUAGUAAUAUGGUAUGUGGUGGAUACAAAGCAAAUCUCGUAAUCCGGCCAGCGAUUUUAGCAAAAUGAAACAGUUUUAAAUUGCAUGCUUGAUAUUAAUGCAAUUCUCUUAUUUUGAAACAGUAAAACUGCAGUGCGAGUGCAGUUUAAAGCAAAUGUAACCAAAUGUCAUACAUUUUCUUCCUACGUACAAACUUACUAGAAACCUAUUGGUGUCGGUUUUGUUCGAGUUUCGCCCUUUGUUUCAGCGUAACACAUUGAUAUUUACCACCGACUAACUAUAUUGCAUUCACAACUGCAUCAAACUCAUUUGAAAACGCAGAAAUUUUAUGUGUUUGCAGUGUAAUUUUGUUGUGAUCUACUUGGUUGCGUCUAAAAGCUAUUAAAAACUGAUAGCUAGUGCAAUUUUUAAUUUAUGUUUUAAUUGGCAUGCUAAAUUUUCUUAAAAGAGACGUUAAAUAUUCUCUCUCCAUUGCAAGUUUAGUAAUCGAUGAAAUUAUCACCAACAUUGACAAGGAAAACCAUACUAUUAAUGAUAUAAUUGUAUCGUCCAUCGGCGAUUCGAUAAUUUUUAUUAAUUUUUGAUAAUGAUUAACAUAAAUAUUUGUGAAGAAUUGAUUCAAUGAAAAUCCUUCCAACUUUAAAAACUUUUACUAAAUUGAUUUUUUUUGCAUAAAAUUCUACGAUAAAAUAAUUCAAUUUAGAAAAAAAAAACCCUUUAAAGUUUCACAUAAGCGUGUAAGACAAACAAACAAUUUAUCUUAAUAAUACUUACUUUUCCUGUCAUUCUAAAGCGACUUAUCUUCACCAGGAAUAACAGUGCUGAAAAGUUCAUUGUAGCACUCAUUUGAGUACUGAGAAGCUCAAGUUUCCAGCAAUUGGGUACUAAAGCCCUGUGUCAAUUUUUAUGUACAACGGUAAAAACACGAUUAAAAACUAUUUCUGAUCACUUUUUUUCAUUUUAAUGCAAAAAUUUUUUUUGACAGGACAACAUUUUUUCGAUGGAUCAACUAUGGUCCCCUUGGAACGAGCUGUCAAGUAGAAACUUUUGUGCCAAGAAGGACCGCGAGGUUAAUUUUUCAAAAUUGAUUUAAAAAUCCAUUUUAAACUCUUUGUGGUCUUUAUCGCUGUAAACAAUAAUAUCAGCAAUAUAAGCUUCAUUUUAGGACCCAAUUGUAUCGAAAAGACUUUUCGGCAAUGUUUUUUUUCAAUUGGCAGGACGCCGAACUAAAGCGAAAAAAAAACAAACGUUUCAUCACAGAGUAACACAGAGAGAACACUGGCAUUUAAUUUUUGGUCCCACUUCGCGGUAUAUCGCAGGUACAUCCCAGGCCUGCUACCAGUAAACUUUAUGGAGCCAAAUUUAAUUACUUUUAUUCGUGUUGUUAUCUAUCUGGAUUAGGUCGUGAUUUAACUGAAAAAUGUUAUUCAAAUGCAAAGCUCGAUUUUUCAGCACUUUUCUUUAUCUAUCCAACGAGGCUUUGUCAAACCCGUGCUGAAAAAAAAUGAAUGCUACAAAAAAAAAUUUGGCAAAUUUGAAAUAUUUGAGAAUGUUUGCAAAUUAAAUACAUUUUUUUGAAAAUACAGUACUCUUGAAAACACAUAUUUGGAGAAAAACAAAGAAUUUGUUUACCAAGGCAUUGAUUUUAAAAGGUGAUGUGACAGCUUACUUCGACGAUUCACAGGUUUAAAGUCAUGGUUUUUUUUUUUUUUUUGUUUGAUACAAUCUAAGCAAAAUUUAUUCCGAAAUAAUCGAAACAAAGUUGGACUUCGCUUGACACAUUUUGCAUUUUUUAAAGAUGAAUUUAAAAAAGUUUCAUUAGAAAAUAACAGUAUUUUGUUUUGUACAAAUUCUAAAUUCUUUUUGAUAAACUUUCUCUAUUUCUAUCCCUUUUCCCUUGCAAUUUUAGUAAGUUUUUUUUCUUAUCUUUUUCUUACUUUCGGUAACCCUUUAACUACAAGCAACAAUUGUUCGAAAAUGGAUUAUGAUGUAACACACAGCUGAAAGGAACUCCAAAACUCUGUAAUGAACCUCAAAAGAACUUAUUGUAUCUUGAUUAUUCACCAAUAAAACCGAAUUGAAUUGAAUUUUUGAUAAACUCAAUAAGGAGUGAGUUUCUUUACGUUUGAGUUUGACACUUACUGAGAGAAUUUUUCAAAGACUCUUCGCUCUCAUGAAGAACAUAUCGGUAAAAAAAACUCAUAUUUCAAAAUUCUGGAUGAUCAGGCAGAUCUUUGAGUUCAUUACUACACUUGCAGGUGAAACGUCACAAGUCGAUGAGUAACCUGUCAUUUUCGUAGAAGAACAAUGUUUGUAAACAAAACGAUGUUCUUCUGGAAGUUCGGAAAAUAUUUUCUUUGCCGUUUUUCACCUAGUCUCAGUUUCAUGAACAAAGUUUAAAUUUUGAGAUAAUUUUAUCUCUGCUCUAGCAACAAUAUGACUCACUCAAAGUUAUUAAAAUUGGAGAGGGUUUCGUUUGAAUUCAAACGUUCUAAUAAGCUUGUCAUAAGGUUUUUUGUAAACUAUCACCGAUGAUUUUAUCGGUGAUCGAUAACAAUGGAGCUAAUAUUAUCGAUAUUACUACAAGCUUAUCUUCUUCUCUUCUCUUUUGUUCGAAUGCAAAACAUUAAUUCUAGAGAUUUUUUGAAAAGGUCCUAUGUAUAAGCUAUAUUUAUAGUACAUCUCAAAUAAAUUUCUAGAAUUUCCCUUUACCAGCGGAGAAAUAACCAAUAUUUUCGGCCCAUCAGCAAACGUCAAACCAGUUCAAGCUUGCUGUCGGUUCUUUUUUUCCGGAUCUCUUCCGGAAAAGAUUCGACCACAAAAGAACACAGUUUUUUCCAUGUGAAAGUUAGUUUGUGGGAAACCAGUUUGGAAACAGUAAAAAAAACUCUGUUUUGACACGUUUGCAAACAAAGUUUCCCGCAAUAGAAUACCACCUUGAGUAGCAGUCUGUGCGAGAGAAGAUACUUAGGAGUAUGCAAAUGCGACUUUGCCGGAGAGAGUAUUUUAUGAUUAUCUCUUUUUGCAAAAAAAAUCCUCAACGAUGAAAAAAGGUAUAUGUGAAAAAAAAAAAUCGACAGCACAAAACGGAAACGGAGUUUUCCAGCAACAGAAUAACAACAACAAUUAAUCGGCCCUAGACUGGUGAAACGACACAAACAAAAAAACAUUGGAUCGAAAUUAUUGCAAAACAAAUACAAUAAGUGGAACUAGAGAAUGCACGUAGUCGUAGAGCGUGGAAAAAUCAAUUCCAAUACAUGAAAGCGAAAUGAAUUGUGUACUUUAUUGGUAGAUCCAAAAUACAGGGAAGCAAACGUGCGUGGGCGAGAUGGGUUUGCUUUUGUUCCGUGAACGCCUUCUUUUGUAUGCGGAGUGGAAUCUAAUUCAAUUGUAGCGAGCAUGAGUAAAUGGAGUUACAAUAAGACUGAUUCAAGUCCAUCUUUUUUUCCUCAGUUUGGACUUGAAUCAACGAACGACACGAGCGUCUUUUCGUAUGCAUGGAACAACAUCUUUGCGUUUAAAUAGUUCUAAUGAUGGUAUUAAACAGUGCAUUUUUGCGAAACCGUUUUUGAUAAUUACUUUUUUGAAAAUCAUCUUAUUCCGAACGUCAUCAUCGUGUCAUGUGAAUCGUUUAAAACAAAAUCUUUAAAACCACACUCCUGUACAGAACCUACCUGCUACCGUGGUUUACUCCAAUAUCUAUGUUUGCAUUGCCCGCAGGUGGUGCACACAUUCUUUAACGACAUUAAAAAACUCAAAACCACAAACACACACACAUUUUAUUAUCCACAUUCUUAUUGUGAAGUACUAAAGAAACUAAUCAUUGUAUGAUGGUUGACCUAACGAGCCGUAUAAAACAAAUACUGUAUGAAUUGUUAGGAAAGUGAGUGAACCUAUACCAAAUCGUAAAAUUAGCAUGUAAAAAGUCAAAUCAGAAAAGAGCGACUGUAACUAAGUAAAAUAUCAAUUAAAAAAGAACAUACUCUCACGUAAAAUUGAAUACACAAAAAAGCAAAAUACAACAAAAAAAACAUCCACGUAAUCAUACCAUAGGCUGGACGAACACUAGCUCAUCAUUCCGUGUUCAUGAAAAAAAAAAAUCCAACAUAAAA